AUGCCAAUAGUGGAGAGGACACUGACUUAUGGCUCUGUAAGAAAAACUGAUCAUGGAAACAUGGUGGAGGCAUCAGAACAUAAUUUUAAUGGAACUAGAGUUAAUACCCGUCUAUCAGUAAUGGAGAAGGUGCAAAAUGAAGCUGAUGAUGGUGAGGAGCCUUACUCAUUAAAGUGGGGUUGGAAGCCUGAGCACUUUACACAUCAGUUCUGCAUAGCAAUCUGA